UCAUUUUGCGCCAUUGAAUUGAAGAAGAGCGCGAUAUUUUGCCACAACAAACCUGUGGAAAAUGUGUCAUGUUGUAGAAUAACAAAGGACCCAUGGAGUAAAGCAUUCAGAGAACCUUUAAGAAAUGACUGCAUCGCCGUACCUAUGAGUUUAUGAGAUCCUGCACAUACCAUUUAUCUUCAAGCAACAUGAACGCCGUGCAACCAAACUCAGUACCACAGGGUCUGGUCACAGCUUGGGAUACCGUAACAACGGCGCUGCUGUCACCUGACCUGGACAAUGCUCCGUCUGAAGAAGCUCUCUCAGAUCACUUGGACUUGCUCUGUCGCUGCGGCGCCGGCCAGUACAUGGAGGGCUGGCUCCUAGACACCUUGCACAUGAACCUGACUUCGGCGGUCGCGCCCGAGUUCUGGGCUGGACUGAAGCUGCAAGAUGGGGAAGAAGUGCAGGAAAGACGGCGUGCCAGAGUUCUGCUGCAGGCCUUCCGUACCCUGCUGGCCCGGCUUGAACCAUCAUUAGGGGGUUUGGAGCAGAUUGGCAGAUGGCAGGACGAGGGCCGGGCAGGCUUGAGUGGCCCCGGGGCCCAGAGCCUGAGUGAGAGGGCCUUCACCGGCAUCAGGGCCAUCCUGCUCUUUUCCCCUCCGGACCUCCUUCAUGAGCGGAUGCUGGAGUUCCUCAGCCGCACCUUUGCUGUCCACAUGAGCCAAGCUGGGCAGGCAGCCCCAAGAAGGGAGGGUGAGGACGAGGAAGAGGAGGCAGCCAUGGGCACAGAAGGGAAUGUUUGCCAGGGCUGUGCGGUGAACCCUCAUGAUUGUUGGUGCAAGGAGGCCCUGAAGCUGCUGAGAGAGCUGAGUCAUAUUCUGUCGAGACUGCAGCUGCUGGAGAGGGUGAGCUCAGAGGCGGUCACCUCCAUCCUCCACAAGCUGAUCGAGCAGAGGAUGGAGCAGCGAUGCCGGGGGGAGUACGAGAUCUCCUUCCUUUCGGAUUUUCAGGGGUGGCUGGAUCAGGUGUUGGGCUGGGUGAGUAGAGUCUUUGCCAGCGAGGUGGAUGUCAGUAGGAUGGCCAGCAGCGCAGCUGGCAGCGGUGGAGAGAGGGCAGUGGGUCAGCCGAGCAGUGCCAUCCUGCAGCGUUGGCGCCAUCACAUGCAGCAGUUCUUUUGCAGGAUCUACGCCAGCAUGAGGAUCGAGGAGCUCUUCAGCAUCAUCAGAGAUUUCCCAGAGUCUCUCCCUGCCAUAGAGGAUUUGAAGUUCUGUUUGGACAGGACCAGUCAGAGACAACAGCUCCUCACCUCCCUCAAGACAGCCUUUGAGACACGACUCCUGCAUCCAGGCGUUCACACAUCUGACAUCAUUACUGUGUACAUAUCGGCCAUCAAAGCCCUGCGGCACCUGGACCCCUCCAUGGUCAUCCUGCAGGUGGCCUGUCAGCCCAUCCGCAAGUACCUCAGGACGCGGGAGGAUACUGUUCGACAGAUUGUGGGCAGCCUGACCGGGGAUGCUGAGGGCUGCACAGACCUGGCCAAUGAGCUCUCCCGCGCCGACCCCGUCACCUUGGAGACCCAGGACAGCGAGGAUGAGGGCAGUGACCCUGAGGAGUGGACACCAGACCCCAUAGACGCACUAACAGACAAGACGGGUUCCAAACACCGGUCUUCAGACAUCAUCAGUUUGCUGGUCAGUAUCUAUGGCAGCAAACAAAUCUUUAUUGAUGAGUAUCGCACCGUCUUGGCUGACCGACUCCUUCAGCAGCUCAAUUACAGCACUGCCAGGGAGAUCCGCAAUGUGGAGCUGCUGAAACUUCGAUUCGGUGAAUCUCAUAUGCACCUGUGUGAGGUUAUGCUAAAGGAUGUGGCUGACUCUCGUCGGAUCAACACAAACAUUCGCGAGGAAGAGUCCCGUCUGCCCCCGGAGGAGCAGCCGCCCCUGGCUCUGUCGGCCAUGAUCCUCUCCUCCGAGUUCUGGCCCGCGCUGAAGGAUGAACGCAUGGAGCUGCCCGCGGUGGUGACACAGGCCAUGGAGGCCUACACACACCGCUACGAGAAGCUCAAGGCCAUGAGGACUCUGAACUGGAAGUCUCAUCUGGGAACAGUGACUCUGGACCUGGAGCUAGAGGACCGCACCCUUUCCAAUCUCUCGGUGUCCCCGAUCCAUGCAGCCAUCAUCCUGCACUUCCAAGAUAAAGCCUCGUGGAGCCUGGAGGAGCUGAGCGGGGCGCUGGCGGUGCCCCAGGAGGUGGUGCGCAGGAAGCUGGCCCUGUGGCAGCAGCACGGGGUGGUGCGCGAGGAGGCCGGGGGGCGCUAUGCGGUGCAGGAGACGGCGCCGUCGUCACGCGAGAAGCAGGACCGCUCCGUGCUGCUGAUGGACAGCGACGAGGAGGGAGACUCCAACACGGCCACGCAGUCCGAGCAGAGGGAGGAGAAACUACGGCUGUUCUGGGCGUACAUCCAGGCCAUGCUGACUAACCUGGAGAGCAUGACGCUGGAGCGUAUCCACACCAUGCUGCGCAUGUUUGUUUCCUCUGGGCCCGUGGUGACCGAGAUGGAGAUCGGGGAGCUGCAGGCCUUCCUGGACAAGAAGGUGCGAGACCACCAGCUCAUCUCCUCGGCCGGGGUUUACAGGCUACCCAAGUCACCCCACCACUGACAGCCGAGAAAGGGAGAUCCCUCUGCUGGAUCUGAUUGGUUUGUGAAUGAUAAUAGCCUCAUCGAUACGCCAAUCCAGUAUGGCUACAAACUGCUGUCAACGGUUGUGACCUUCACAUUUAAAAUUUGUGCAUGCCAAAUAAACAUAUAUUAUGUGUAAAUUA